AUGCGGGUUUCGGAAAAAUUGGCCACAUUGUUGUCCAUUGCUUCUAUAGUUAGAGACCCGGAGUGGUACUUUGAUAGUGGUGCUAGCAAUCAUGUCACACAUGACCUUGAUCAAUUCCAGGAAAUCUCUAAGCAUGAUGGUAAGGCUUCUUUAGUUGUUGGUAAUGGUGAGAGAUUAAAAAUACACGCUUAUGGUACUGCAGCUUUAGACACUUGUCAAAGAUCCCUUAAUCUACAUGAUCUUCUAUAUGUGCCUAAGAUUACUAAAAAUUUAUCAAGUGUCUCCAAACUUGCUACUGAUAAUAAUAUUACAAUUGAAUUUGAUGCAAGUGACUGUUUUGUGAAGGACAAGUUAACAGGGAAGGUUCUACUAGAAGGGAAACUUAGAGAUGGCUUGUACCAACUCUCUAGUGUCAAUGCUCGACCUAGUGAUGGCCCAUAUAUCUCAUUGUCAGUAAAGGAGAAUUGGCACAAAAGGCUUGGACACCCUAGCAAGAUCAAUAGUGCAGAGCAAUCCAAUAGUAGCACACAAAAUGAUGGUGAUCAACAUCAGAACAACUACAACACACAAAUUCUAGUAGAAAAUUUAUCACCUACUCAUGAGCUACAGAUUGAUGCAGAACCAACAGAAACUUCAUCUGAACUAGUAGCUGAAGAAAACUCACAAAACACCAGCAAUAGAGCAGAUGAUGCAGCAGUUGACAGCAACACCAUUCCAAUCUCAAACACCCAUAAGAUGUGUACAAGGAGCAAGGCGGGAAUUCUCAAGCCGAAACUUCCUUACAUUGGAACAAUUGAGAAACACGAGGAAGAGAAAGAACCAGAGACAGUAACAAAAGCUCUUAAAAGAUCAGAAUGGAGACAAGCCAUGAAUUCUGAAUUUAAAGCCUUAAUUUCCAAUGGAACUUGGACCUUGGUACCUUAUCAAGGACAGGAAAAUGUCAUUGACUCUAAAUGGGUCUUUAAAACCAAGUACAAAGCAAACGGAACAAUAGAAAGAAGAAAAGCUAGGCUGGUUGCAAAAGGUUUCCAACAAACUGCAGGUGUGGAUUUUGAUGAAACUUUCAGUCCUGUAAUUAAAGCUAGUACAGUGAGGAUCAUCUUGGCUAUAGCUGUACAUUACAAUUGGGAGGUGCGACAGAUGGAUAUCAAUAUUAUAUAUGCUUUUGGGGUAGAAAAGUGA